AUGAUUGGCUGCGCUGUACACCGAGCAGACGGCUCUGCCGCAGCGCAUAGUCGGAACGUGUCUGCAGCCGAUCAUGUAAUCGCGCAACCCAGCACCACCUACGUCGACGGGGAUGGGAUAUACGGUGGUGAGUGUGGCAAGUGGCUCAAGUUCGUCGUUCGAAAAACCGAGAGCGUUACCCGUGGCGUAUUGAGGCUUAACCUGGAGUAUGCAGAUGAUGCAUUCUUCAGGUCGUCUGUGUUCCUAACGAGCAAUCACGAUGAGCGGGACAUGCUGCACAAUGCGCCAUCGUGUCAUAAUAACACUUUGGUCAACAACUCGGUGGCGGAUGCUUUGGAACACAUUUUCACAUGGGACGUUUGCGUGGUCGAUCGCUGCACCUUCAACGUCAGGUACCGGGUGACGCGCAAAGGAACCUAUUCGUUGCACGUGAAGCUGGAUGGCAACCCGCUCCCCGGAUCUCCAUUCCGAAUCUACAUCUCCGAGGGUGCUCCGUCCACAGCGGCAUGUCGCGUGUAUGGCCGCAAUGUAGGGACGUGCUGCGCAAUACCGUACGUUCCCGAGAUCAUGCGCGCAAUUUUCCCCAACAUGUCCCCGUGCAACGCAAUGUCAAGGGAGCAUGUUAGGGCUAAGCGGAAUGCGACUAGGGCAGCUUCUUGUGAUGCGCCCACAAAAGGGGCAUCGUGCAGGAACGAAUUUUCGCCUAGCGACAACUCCAACAGGAAUAUGCGCGGCUACUUCUCAAAUAGGUCUGCUGCAUCUGCCGGCGGUUGGCAGGGUGGUAACUUCUCACCGGAUGAAUUCUUGAUAUCCGACACCUCACCGCAGGCUGCAUUCAUGUCUGGCGGCAGUUCGUACGCCGAUAAUUCAAAUCGCAAUGAAACUAACUUUGCUCAUGCGCAUCAAUCAGCUCCCGAUCAAGUUUACAGGGAUGUGGAGAGGGGCACACCUCCCGUUUUUGGCAGUGGGACAGGGAGAGGCUUCGGUUAUGCGCGCAGGAGUAUCUCGAGUGACGGUUCACUGUCUGUCAACUUCUCGGGAGAGAGCGCCGCUACGACGCACAGCCACAUAAAAGAGUCCCCGCGAGCUCCUACCUUUAAUCCCUACCAAAAUACAAAUCGCAAGUGCACUGCAGAUGCAGGCAGUCGAGGGAAUCUAAAUAGUGGAAGGAGCUUCGGCCCGUCAAAAUCAUCCUUACACUCAUCAGAAGACGAUAUGUUGCCCAUGGAGUUCACUUUGGGAGCAGAUAGCUCAGCGUUACCCGACGGUAGGACCACCCUCGCCAACGAACCGGGCACAGUCGGAUCGUGUACACGUUCGUCCGCUGUUACCAGCGCACCGUGGGAUGGGAUGGACGACAUAACCUCUUCUGAAUCUACGCGUAAGCGUCGACAACAUGCUCUGCAACAGCUGGAGAGGCGCGGACUGCUGAACGAAAUUGAGAUUCGUCUGGCUGACGCGCAUGGCAACGUGGUGACCCACGCGUUGCCAUACAUACAGGCAUGGGGCGAAAACUACGCGAGAGUGGUAAGCGUCGACAACAGGCCGAACGGCGUGGUCACUGUGAAGUACGUUGUCGUGGUUCCAAGGGACGGACUGGAGUCCUUAAAAGCAGCUCAAUUGCACGAAGGUGAUUCGGUAAUGCCGCAUGCACUGCGCGUAGGAGGUGUGCCUUGCAAGAUUAACGUUGAAAUAGAUGGGAAGCCCGUGUUCGGUUCACCAUUCCACCCCCACGUGGGCAAUGUGAAUGAGGUCGAGCAUUACUUCGAGUCCACGGCCGGCACCACGGAGUGCCUGGUGCAGACCUUCACCGACUUGGUGCGCAACAACGAUUUCGACGGCUGCGCCGAGCUUUACAGCAUGGUGGAGACCGACGAUGUUAAGGACAAGUUGACAGGCAUACUGCUGACCCGGCUGUCGGAGCUCGAGAAGGCCAACAUUGCUGCCACCAGCAACAUCAGGCUGGUGGAGUCCCUGAAGCUACAGAGCCUCGGAAGGCUGCUAGAACUGGUCCAGAGUCAGUACAAAAAGAUGCUCACCUACAAGACCAGCAGUAUCGUGGACUGCAUCCGCGAGCUCAAAAGUUUCGAGAACAUGGCCACAGACCAAAAGGGCAGCCGGUCUCCGAGCGACCACAAGGGAGAAGCGGCGAAGAGGUUCAACAACCUUGGUGAUGUCAUUCUGAACUACAGGCUCAUCGGCGAUGAGCUGCGAAAGCUCCACCGCUACGAGUUGGCUGACAAAUUCGACCAAAUCAACAACCAGAUGUGCGACGAGAUCGAUUUGGGCAUGUGGACUUCGAUCAUCGGGCACAAGGAAUCGCAAGUGGAAAAGCUGCGUGCGGAAGUGGAGUCGGCCGCCGACCGCCUUACUCGCUUCAAGGAAGCUGUGGAUGAACGUUACCAGAGCUUCACGAGAAAGGACCUCGCCGAUUUCCGGGGCACUCCCGGUUUCGCAUUUGAACACGGUACCCAAACUGAAGCCCCGGAGCUUUUGACCACGCGACUGUCAUCGUUGGUCCGAGGUCGCUGUGUGCCAAUCACAGCACACAGCGAGGUGGACAAGCUGGUGGAGGCAUAUUGGCGCAAGUGCAACAACUACGACAUCCAGACCACCGUAUCUAAGGUCCUGAAGUCGAGCGUCAGGCUGAAGAACAGCAUCUCCGAACUGUUCAUGUUCUACAGCACGGCGCACCCACGUGAGAAUGGGCGUACGAUGUUAGGCGUAUCGCGCGCAUCUAUGGAGCUCUUCGUGUUACAGUCGAGACUAAACAACUACCUGACGGCAAAUGUGCAAAAACUCGAUUGGCUGUUUGAGCGGUUCUCCAUAGAGCUCCCGUCGGGUGGGACCGACGGGUCUACCCCUCCACCCAGGGCUAUUCCAGAACAUCUGUGGUGCGCCUACUUGCGAGAAAUCGGGUACCUGAACCUGCUCUACACGAUUGCGGAGUCCGGGGAUCGUGAAAUGCUGCGGGAUAAUCAACAUCCGUCGAGGCUGGUGGCGUUCCACCACCUAUGCAAGGAGCACCUCAUUCCUCUAUACGAGAUGCUGUUCACAACGAAGCCCGAGUUCCAGAAGUGUCUGAAGUUCACCGAUUCUAAGGUUGACAGCGGAUCGCAGCGCGUCAACAAAUCCGCCAAGAAGACGUCUGGUACGCCUACGGAGCAGUACUUCAGGUCGCGCCACGACAUUUUGAGCUACUUCAACGUCCACGCGUUGGAGCACGUGCUCAACGUGCUGGAUAUCGACGUUCUGCAACGCGUGUUCAAGCAUUACAGCCGGAUUUCGAUGUUCGGCAGGCAGCAGGUUGCGCGAGAUUGGUUUGACGAAAAAACCGCGACCAUCUCGACAGCAACCUUUGUGGUGUUCGCUCGUGACUUCCAGAUCAUCCCGGGACAUAUGGACGGUGAAAGCGUGCACGCAAUCGCUCGAAGCGUGGCUUUGCGUGGUGCAGGCGGCGCAAACAAACUGGCGCUGCGCGACUUCGUCAGCGCCGUCUCCCGGACCCUGGCACGCGUGGUGCUCGCCAGCUGCCUCGCGAAGCACGACGCCUACGAACGGGUUCGCGAUUCGAUCGCAGAGACCAUGGAGACAGCGCCACGCUGUGUUCAGUCAAAGGAAUCCGUGAAACGUGACAUCGUGGUACUGCUGCAGUUGCUGGGCAUCUGCAACCUGCAGUUCGUCCGCUACACCAUCGACGCCAUUUACGGCUCGGAUGCAGUAGAGCAAAUGGAUGAGAUGUCGGCAGUAUCGCACAUCGUUCGGCAUAGUGGCGAUGUGUGGAGUCUCCACGGUCUUAUCGGCGGUAUUGGCGGAGUAACGCUGCGCCAUUUGCUCCGAAGGCGUUACGGCGAAGCCGCGGCAGCCGUCAAGAAGGUCAUUUACCCCGAGGGACUACACCAAGGGAAUAUAGACACAUCGCAUGUGGCUAUAACGCCACACAUACUGCCCAAAGGCUGUUGCAAUACUCCGAUACUGGAUGAGCUAUAUAGGCGAACUUCUAACGGUCUAAGCACGGUGCUAGAAGGCCUCCACAUACUGCUGUGGAAGGGGAAGCAGUUCAAGGGUAAGCGAUGUUGCCUUCCGUUAACGAUGGUCAGGGUGUUUCAUACCGAGCAAGUGGAAGUGGUACCACCGCCACGGCUACUGGGCGACGCGGAAGAAGCUGCUGAAGUUCGACACGUAUCGGCGCCACAGGUUUGUCACCGUUGGCCAUGUGAUAACUACCGCAGGUACCACGAGGUCAGGGGACCUGGAAAACGGGCUCCCAGCAAGUGGGAGGAUCAGUCCUUCUAUAAGCCCCUCAGGGACUCCAUAAAGUUUUGGUGA